AUGCCAGCAGCAAGGAGGCGACGGUGGUCUAGCAGCAGCAGCAAGGGCGUCGGGGAGGUGAUGGCCAGGACGGAGGGAAGCGUGCGGCAGAGGUUCACCGACGAGAGGGUGCUGGUCGGGCUCGACCACGUCGAGGAGGCCGUGGCGGAGCGAGCGGGAGGCGCUGGACGCGGGCACACACGCGCCCAGCAGGGCACGCGGGAGGCAGAAGGCGAGGCAAGGCGACACGACGGCGAAGGGGCAUGGCUCCGGUGGCCAUGGAGGCAAGGCGGCGCCAUGGGAGGAAGCUUGCAGAAGGGAGGAGGCACGGCGGGUCGACGAGGAGCUGGAGAGGGAGCUGCAGCGGGGGUCGCGGAGAGGCAGGAAGCGCGGCGCUCGACGGAGGAGGAAGGCGAAGCAGCUCGGGGCAGCGGUGUGCACGGAGCGGUGACGGUCGCCGGAGGUGAGGACGCGGGGUCGAGGCAGAGGCGACCGGCGGGGAACUCGGCGACGGGGACGGCUUGCGGGGACUCCGGCGAGUGGCGCGGAGGCGAAGGCGCGACGAGCUUGAAGAUGACGACGACUGCGGCGCGGGGCGACGCUCGAGGGUGGCCGGAGCCAGGCGGCAUCGCCAUGGGAGCAGCUCGGUCUAGCACGAGCUCGAGACGGGAGGAGGCGCGCGAGGCGCGUGCGAAGACGAAGGAAGAAGAUAGAGGGCGGCCGACGACGGACUUCGUGCUGGUUGCCGGCGGCAGGAGGCGGAGCGCUGGCGCGAUGCGUAGGAAGAAAAAUAAUUCAAGUUUGAAUUGA